AUGAAGUUUCGAAUAUACCCAAAAUUUUCCACCACUAACUAUGUCUACCGGCCGAAUCCGCUCACUUUCACAAUUUGGAUUCUCGCCGAUGAAGAUUAUCGACAUCCGCAAAGGUUGAGCGUUCAGCUUUGGUCUAAUUUAACGUUUUCAUCGUGGUCGCAAACAGAUUUGAUUGAACUGGAUGAUAAUCAACUCAUCGGCAAUGAUUCUGACGAAAAAUAUCGCGUUUUCGAGGCGAUAAUUCCAACUGAUGGCGUUAAUCAAGGGCAACACGAAUUUUGUUUUAGGGUUAAGAGAAUAAUGGAAACUUACGAAGAAGAUUGGCAAUGGAUUGACGUUGACGGAAAUCGGAACGGUCAAGUGUUUGUAUUCGAUUUCAAAAAUGCGUAUAAAGUUGGAAUCGAUUCUAUCUUUGGUGAAGAAUUCAUUAACGUGGGCGUUAGAUGUAGCUCUCAUGGAAACACCAGUUGUUGGAUCGUUGCCAAGGAAGCAAAGGCUGAUGAUGAGCAAUCAGUGAGUUACAAUAUGGGUAGUAUCAUGAAUAUGAUCCGAUUCGUCGGAUUACAACGCCACUCAGCCUAUUGGGUUUUGCCAACAACUGGAACAUGUAAACUUGACAUCUGUCAAAAAGACGUCGUGUACCUAAUCGCUCAACAGUCCACUGGACACUACGUUGUAUUUAUCCCUCUGACUGCUGAAGAUUGUACUAGUUGCUUUCGGUCGGAUGAAAAUGGAAAUUUGAUUUACAUUGUUAAUAAUUACAGUGGAAAGGACGAGCUAGCUAGAUUUGUCGUGGGACGUGGAUAUGAUCCUUAUGCAACCUCAAAGGCGUGUAUGGAUUUAGCGAAAACAGUUUAUGGGCGCAUUCGUAGUCACAAGAAAAAUAUCCACACGAAGAAUGAUCAUCCAUUAUACUAUGAGAAACUUGGUUAUUGUACAUGGAAUGCAUUCCACGAAAAUGUACGUCGACAAGAUCUUGUGGAUGUAUUGCAUUCCUUAGAUUCAUCAGGAAUACAUGUUGGAUACAUGAUAAUGGAAGAUGGGUGGCAGCAAGUUAGUCAUAAUCGUCAAUUACAAAAUUUUGAGGCCAACGAGAAAUUUCCUGAUGGACUGAGGGAAUUUGUCCAAUACGUUAAGGGAAACUACCCAUAUUUGAACUAUUUUGGUGUUUGGCACACGUUAUGCGGAUACUGGAACGGCAUUGAUCCAAAUUCUGAAUUGGCAAAGCAAUAUUGUCUUGAGAAAGUUAGAGGAGAAGGAAGGACCAUGAAUCUUGUUUCUCCCGAAUAUGUCACCCAUUUUUAUGACGAUUUCUACAGGUUCCUGAAAACCCAAGGUGUAGAACUCGUGAAAGUUGAUUCGCAUGCGAGUUUCGAUUUAAUUGAGCUUGACGAAAUUGAACGUUGCCGAUGGCGUAAGAAGUAUCAAGGUUCACAGAAUAAAUGCGCUGAAAGGUACUUUGACAAUAGAGUCAUUUAUAGCAUGGCUCAUAGUCCCAAUGUUAUGCAACCAAUAAUUUCAAAUGAUGGUUUGCCAACCGAGGUGGGAGUGUGCAAACCUGUCUUCAGGAAUAGUGAUGAUUAUUGUUCAAGCAAGCAUGGCUCUCAUGCGUUGCAUCUCUAUGUAAACUCCAUGAACAACAUUUGGACGAGUUUCUUUGGUGUUCCGGAUUGGGAUGCGUUUCAAACCAAUCACGAAUUUGCCGAAUAUCACGCCGCAGCGAGAGCGAUCAGUGGUGGUCCGGUUUAUAUUUCGGACCCGCCGCGUCAACAUAAUAUGGCCAUUCUGGAAAAGUGCAUAGUCAAGACUCCCGCCUAUGAGAUAAGGUCCGUUACCACUGAUCAUGCGGAAAAUCUACCGGGUGAGUUCACCAAGGUUUUCACGCAACGAAUAUUAAGAAGCGAGACACCGGCCUUGCCGUCUAUCGGAAACAUAUUCGAGGAUCCUACAACGGUUGAUAAACUUUUAAAGAUCAGUAAUGUUAAUCAAAGAAUAGGCGUUCUUGGUCUGUGGAAUUGCCGAGAAAAAGAGGUGGUGGACAAAUUCGACUUGGAGGACGUUUAUGGUAUUGCCGUUGACACUGAUGACGCGAAAGCUCGAGUCAACGAAGAAAUGCAUCGCGAUCCGAGAUUCCGGAACAGCGAAAAAAUUAAUUGUAUUACGGAGGAUGUUGAGUAUGCUCUAUACUUUUUCAAAAACAGAGAAGUGAAAAAAAUCGGGAGCAUGGGGUCGAAAAAGCAGGUGGCCAUAAUGGUGAAACCUCGGGGUUUCGAGGUUGUUACGAUUUCGCCGAUUGAUGUUCUGCUAGUCAUAGCGCCAUUUGAAUACGAAAUUAGAGUGGAGAUCGCGUGCUUUGGGUUGGUCGACAAGUACAACGGGUCAAAAGCCAUAGUCGUUGCAGAAUACAUUAGUGAAGGUUGGGAUGUAGGAGGAAGUGAUUAUGCCGUGGAUUUUCGCGUUCCGAAUAAUCACAAGGCAAGCAUUAGAGCCAGUAAGGGUGUGAUGAGAAGUGGUAAUAGGAGGGGAAUGGUAUUUUAUAAGGUGAAAUUAACUGGAUACGGAAGUUGCGGGUUUUACCUGAACGUGGGUGAGCAUAGGAGAGUCAGCAAUAUUAAGGUUUAUUUAAAUAAUAAGAUCUUGAGUGAUGAAUUGAUCGAGUAUGAUGUUGAAAAGAAGUUUCUUGUGAUCGGUGUACAUGAAAAUGAGAAGGUCACGAGUGAAGAACUGGAGAAUAAAAGGAGAAACAUGUGGAAUGCGGAUUAUGGAGAUGAUGUUUUGGAAAUGUUUCUGGAGAUUAUGGUUGACUGA